GGAAUGCGAGGCCCAAGCUGAAUCUCUGCCCUUCCCUGAGCCGCAGAGUGUCCGGCUGCACUUUGGACCCUGGGGAGGGCAGAGGGAGGCAUGGCGGAGGCAGCUGGCUCCCUGCCCGGCUGCGGCACUCCAGCCGGGACGGGACAGGCUCCACGGCACCUCUCGCUCUGCUCCGUGUGGGACAGAGGGUCGGAGCCUGUGGGGCAGGAUGAGGAGCCGUCUCUGGGCUUGCUGCAGCCAGCUGCUGCCCCGGGAAGCUGGGCUUUGUGCUCGCAAGCUGUCUGCAUUUGCCGCAGCGGCUGCCCCACGCCAUGGCGUCUGGUCCCCUGCUCUCCUGGUCACCUCCGGCUCCUUGCCCGGCAUAUCCAUGGGGCCCCUCCAGCGCCCAGCCCCAGGACAUGGCACCUUUUGCCGCUGGGGCUCGCAGUUCAACGUGCCCCCCAGUGCCCAGUUCGUGGCCCGGCCCGUGGGGGUCUGCUCCAUGAUGAAACUGCCUGUUCAGGCGUCAGCGGAGGGACUGGAUGCAGCUUUUGUCGGUGUCCCUCUAGAUACGGGCACAUCCAACCGGCCGGGAGCCAGGUUCGGCCCGCGCCAGAUCCGUGCUGAGUCGGCGAUGGUGAGGAGGUACAACAGCAGCACCGGGGCAGCGCCUUUUGAUUCCCUGCAGGUGGCUGACAUCGGGGACGUGAACGUGAACCUCUACAACCUGCCUGACAGCUGCCGCCUCAUCCGAGAGUCCUACCGGAAGAUAGUGGCCUCCGGCUGCGUGCCCCUCACCUUGGGUGGAGAUCACACCAUAACAUACCCCAUCCUGCAAGCCGUGGCAGAAAAGCACGGUCCUGUGGGACUGGUGCACGUGGACGCUCACACCGACACUGGUGACAGAGCCCUGGGGGAGAAGAUCUACCACGGGACCCCGUUCCGGCGCUGCGUGGAGGAAGGGCUGCUGGACUGCAGCCGCGUGGUCCAGAUUGGCAUCCGAGGCUCCUCCUAUGACCCCGAUCCUUACAAGUACUGCCGGGACCAGGGUUUCCGGGUGGUCCCGGCUGAAGAGUGUUGGAGCAAGUCUCUGGCGCCGCUGAUGGUGGAGGUGAGGAAGCAGAUGGGGGACAAGCUGGUGUACAUCAGUUUCGACAUUGACGGACUGGACCCCGCCUAUGCCCCAGGUACCGGGACGCCGGAGAUAGCCGGGCUCACGCCUGCGCAGGCUUUGGAGAUCAUUCGUGGCUGCAAAGGACUGAAUAUCGUGGGAUGCGACCUUGUAGAAGUUGCACCGAUGUACGACGUCUCUGGCAACACGGCCCUCCUGGCAGCAAACCUGCUGUUCGAGAUGCUGUGCAUUCUCCCCAGAGUGAAGACAAUGUGAGGGCAGUUCCCACCUGCCCCAGGGGCAACACAGCUCCCACCUCCGCCGAGGCUUUCUGCGUCCUGUUCCCCUUGUUCCCAAGUUGCAGGGAACGUGGGCUUUGCAGUAAGGAAUAAAUGCCAUUUUACCGCUAGAAAAGGUAAUUUCAAGUUGAUAAACUGUAGGUAGCAAAUGGGUUUGAACAGCCCAUUUACUGGUGGCUGUAGCUUUUGAGUUUGCCUGGGAAAAGGCAAAGAUGAGGCUAAUGGCGUUUCGCCGCCGCUUUCCGAGCUGGAAUUACUCACCUGGCUCACAGGGGCUCAUCGCACAAUUGUCACUGGUAAAAGCUUUCUCCCGUUAAGGUGCAGCAGCAGGACAAGGAAUGUAGAGGAA